AUGCCUGGCCCGAAGAUGAGCGUUUUCCUCGCCGUCUCGUCGGCCUUGACGGGUCUGUACGUCUACGACCGACGCGAGUGCAAGCGGAUACAGCAGGAGUACAUCGACAAGGUCAAGUGGAUGAGCGAGCAGCCUCUCGAGGCGGACCAGCGGGCGAGGAAGGUCAAGGUCUACGGUGCGCGCGUGCCGGACGACGGAGAGCUCGAGCGUGGUGCAAAGUGGUUCAAGCGGUACAUGAAGCCCAUCCUCGUCGCAUCCGGCACCGACUACGCUCUCAAGGUCGGCACGAACCCAGGCGGUCUCGGCCGUACCCUCGCGCACGAGAUCCGCGCGCGACGGAUCACGGAAGCGGCGCAAGAGCCGGUCAACAGCGCGAUCCUCUUCACCAACUCUCCGGAGGCAAACGUCAACGCUGUUCUCGCGGACCGGGAUCUCGAGGAGAUGAAGCAGGAGGAGAAGAACGGAGCGAUUGUGCUUCUUGGACGGGGAGCGCUCAAGGAGUAUCUGUGGGCAUUGAAGAAGGGGUACGGGGAGGAGAUUGACCUUCGCCAGGAGGCCAAGCUGGAGGGGCUCGGUUUGGGUGCGAACGAGCGAAGAAAGGAUGGCAGGUGGGAGCGCGAGGAGGAGUUGAUGCUGCGCGAGCUUGAGAAGGAGGACGAUGCGAAGCCGGACGGCGGACCUUUCGACGAGAAGGCUGCGCCGUCUGGCCUCGAGUCUGUCGGCGACGAGCCUGCCUCUUCCCCUCUGCCCUUCCAACCCGUCUCUUUCCUCACCUACUCGCCUUACCGCCAACUCCCGACAUCUCCCGCACCCACCUCUUCCUCUCCCGCCGAGCCCGAACCGCCUCUCGUCCUCCCUCCUACCGACGUCCCCCCUCAACCGCCUCUUCUCCUCGUCCCCUUCUCCUACCCCUUCGGCAUCCGCACCUGGGCAUCCAAGAUUGCCCACUUCUGGAACCACCGCACCGACGUCCGCCUCGGCGGCGAGAUGUCUCUCGCCCUCAUCCUCUCGCAAACCCGCCCCUUCGACCCGCCCAAGAACCGCGAUUCCGAGUCCGGAUCUCUCCAGGGUCUGCUCGACGAGGACUUUGUCGCUCGCAUCAGGCGCGGCGAGCUGCACGAGUCGAAGAUGGCGGAGGGCGUCCCGACCGGCUCGAAGGACCUAGACUUCCUGUUCGAGACGGACGAGGAGCCUCGACACUUCAAGAAGGCGUACCAGACGCUGCCGAAAACCCACGAGUACCUCCGCCGGACGUACUACAACGACGAGCUGCCUCCCCGACUCAAAACCGCUCGCGAGUUGGCGCGCGGCGAGCGCGAGCCGACCAAGGCCGAGAUCAACUACCCACCGAAGAUCGAGAGCGAGUUGCGCAAGGAGCGGCUCGAUAAGGAGUUGCGGUGGAGGCGCGAGCUGGAGGGUUGGGCGAUGCAGCGCAGUGGGAGUGGCGUCGCGUGGAAGGAUGGAUGGGAGAAGGAGGGGCUCUUCAGCGUUAUCGAGCGGCCGGGAGAAGUCGCUCUGCACGAGCUGGAAGAGCAGAAGCGGGUGUGGGAGGAGACGAAGAAGGCGAAGGACGAGGAACGGGAGAGGCGGUGGGCGGAGGACCUCAAGGUUGCGGCAAACGACGACGAGUAG